AUGCGCCUCCUGAAUCUCGAUCCUGGUCUGGGACGCAUAAGAGCAUAUGGGAAUUCACGAUUCCAGAUGCACGGCACACAAAAUUGCAUUGAUGACGUUGAGCCGCGCGACAUUUCAUGCGCGUUGCUGGUCAUGAAGCUCCAGAUUGGGAUUGGAGCUCAUAUUUUGAAUCAGUCUGGGUCAGUACCAAGGUUCAUCCUCUCAAGGCUUCCCACAUUUCUACCCGAGGCUGUGGCUCCUGAUGUGCCUGCUUGGAUGAGCAUAGAUAUGGGUGCCUGA